UUCUGUGUUACGUGUAUAGUCUGUUCUGUCACAACACAACAAGACCAAAAUCAUCCUUUUGAGAACGUAGUCGAGAGAAAAGCAAGAUUUUAGACAAGUAAGCAAGAUACUGAAAACCGCUACGUUGACAAAGUUUGUUUUAUAAUGGCAGACAAGAGGAAAACUAAAAAGCGAAAAGAGAAAAAAAAGGAGUUUGGUGAAGCUGCUGAGUCGGAGAAGCCGACUAGCGAGGAAUACGCGGUGGCCAAGUGGUUAAAGGCAAAUGUGCCAACCAAGAAGACCAAGUUCUUAAACCAUCAUGUCGAAUAUUUUACAGGCACAAAGGCAGUCGACGCUUUAUUGACCUCAAAAUGGGCGACGGGAAAGAACCCUAUAUUCACGACGCGCCUCGAAGUCACCGACUUCCUUCAUCAAAUGCUCCUACACAAAUUAUUCCACAGAGCUAAAAAGGUACCUGUCAGUGAACAAGAAUUAAAAGGCAAGUCUAAAAAGAAGGAGGUAGAGAAAAGUAAGAGUGGAGAUGAGAAAGAUCAAGCCAGCGCUUGCGAGGGAAAGGAUACAAAAGAGAAAGACAAAGAGAAGGAGAAAGAGAAGAAGAAGCGUAAAAUAAGGUUGGAGAUGCACAUGGAGCAGAUAUUCCUGGACACCGCAGACGCUUACGUUUGGAUCUACGACCCCAUGCCGUGGUACUACUGGUUGUGUGGAGCACUUGUCGUGUUCGGCACCAUCGGGGUCUGCAUGUUCCCGCUCUGGCCCGCCACUGUCAGGAAGGGUGUAUACUACUUGAGUAUAGCAGCUGCAGCAUUCCUGGUGAUGAUAAUAGCACUGGCUGUGCUCCGUGUGGUGGUCUUCUGCCUGGUGUGGCUGCUGACACUCUCCCGGCACCAUCUCUGGUUGCUGCCCAACCUGACUGAAGAUGUUGGCUUCUUUGCUUCCUUCUGGCCACUUUACAAGUAUGAAUAUCGAGGUCCAGGCUCUGAAAGUGAUAAGUCGUCAAAGAGCAAGAAGAAGCGCAAGAAAGAUAAGGCGUCUGAUGAUGAGGAGGAGAAGACUCCUCUUCUUACAGAGGAACCUCCUCCCGCAGCUCCUGUUGUAGAGGAGUCCUUGCCCAAGGAAGAAGAACAUAAAGAAGAGAUACCGGAAUCAAUUUCCGCAGAUAAACUGUCGGAGUCGGAAUCUGAGAAUAGUCAGAGGUCCUCCACUGACAGGGACUUCGAGAUGGUGGAGCCCGGGGACAUUGAUGGUGGGGACACGCCCCCGCGGGAACACGCCCCACUAUCUUAGGGACACGCCCCAUAUUGUUAAGGCCUUUAGAACUUUUCCAAUAAGCGACUAGCUUGAUGAUAUAUGCAUGUCUAGUCGCAUUAGUGGAAAAUAAAUUUAAUAAUUAGGGUCUUGUCUCUAAUAAUCCAAAAAUUCUAUAUCGACGUCCCCAUCGAAUAAUCCUGUAGUGCACUCUUACCGGGUUCUUGCUUUUCCGUCGAAUUCGGCAUCUAAAGGUCCUAUUACACGGUGUGAAUUUUUUUUAUAUUUUUCUUAAUGUUAAUUACGGAGAUAAAUCAUUA